AUGCGAAGCAAACACCAGAUUUCUAUUCUCACCGUCCCGCUAAUAGCGACAUCAGUGAGCGCAAGCCAACUCUUCGUGCCAUUCUAUGGCACCAGCGCCAAUGGAUUCAAUGGGCCUCCUCGCGGAUGGAACUCAUUCGGCAUGCAAGCUCGCGCGGGCACCUCAUUCGUCCUCAAUCAAAACGAUGUUCAGAGCCAAUGUGACCUUCUAAAUGCUACUGCUGGAUAUACUUUGUGCAGCUUGGAUUCAGGCUGGUCAGGAAAUGGCGGCGAUCAAUUUGGUCGCCUUGUCCCAGACACUUCAGUCUUCCCGAACUUGACAGCUUUGGCCGAUCGUCUACAUUCCCAGGGGAAGCUCCUCGGAAUAUAUGCGCUUCCAGGCGCCUUGUCAGGGGAUGCAGGCGUCACGGUAGAGGGGACAAACAUAAAGCUGGGAUCACUGUUCGAUACAAGCCAGCCAAGCUACAACUUGAGACAGACAUUCGAUUUCAGCAAAGAUGGCGUGCAGCAGUGGCAUAAUUCUGUGGUCAACAACUGGGCGGCAAUAGGAGUUGAUUAUAUUAAACUUGACUUCAUGACUCCUGGAAGUCCUGCCGCCGGCGAAAACCUGCCUGCAAAUAACUCGCUAGCCGCGGUGGCAUAUCAUAAGGCGAUUCAACAAGCUAGUCGCCCAAUGAGAUUAGAUCUAUCAUGGAAACUGGACCGCAAUACGGCGGCAGACUUCUUCCUUUGGCGUGGCAAUGCUGACGGCAUCCGGUUGGACCAAGACAUCAACAACCAGGGCCAAAGCACCUUUUUGGGGUUCAAUACUGUACAGCGCGCCAUUGAGCAGUAUCGAAGCUUCAUCAAUCAACAGGAAGAAGACCCAGCACGCCAAGGCACUCCCAUCAUGGUCCGCCCCGAUAUGGAUAACAUGUACACCGGAAACGCUCAAGCAUUGACUGGCCUUUCCGAUGUCCAGCGAUACACGGUUGCAAUUCACUGGGUCGGAGCGGGAGCAAAUCAAAUUACAGGCUCUGACCUGACGCAGCUCGAUACUCUUGGAAAAGAACUGCUGUACGAUUCAGAAUUUCAGUCAGUUGCUGACUUUACUAACCAAUAUCCAAUGCAACCGAAGAAUCCAUUCGGCACUGCAAACCCGGGUUCACAAGCGUCCGAGCAGCUUCAAGCGUGGAUUGCUGGGCCUGAUACAGCUAACAAGAACGCGGUUGUUGUUCUUGCCAACUAUGGACCGGAUCAGGGACAGGGCGGUUUCGGAACGAACCUGCAAGGAAACCAGCUUGUGAAUAUCUCACUAUCACUGUUGGGUAUAGCUGAGGGCCAGCCAAACGGUGCCCCGGGAUGGAGCGUACGCAGAGUCCUUGGAGGCGGCGGCGCUGGCGGCCCUGAUCACAGCGAUAUUGGAGUCGCCACGUCGGUUCUUGCUUCGAACCUGGGCCCUGGCGAGAGCGUUCUUUACUUUCUGACCGCCACUAACUAG